UCUUAAAACUCAAUUCACUCUCUGUCUCUAAUUCACCAACGGAUAAAUCACAUAUCUAUGUUCCAUCCAAGUUUUUGAAGCACACAGCUUCUCCGACCGACCGUUAUGGGCUGCUCACCCUCGAAGCUCGACGGUUUACCAGCCGUAGCUCUAUGCCGCGACCGCUGCAACUCACUGGAGGAGACCCUCCGCCGUAGCUACGCACUAGCCGACGCUCACUCCGCUUAUCUCCUCUCUCUAAACACGGUCGGUCCAUCUCUCCACAGAUUCUUCGAUCAAGCCGUCGUGGAGUCUCCCCCGGAUAUUAACUCCGAAACUUCUUCGCCGGAAUCAUCUUCCCCGGCUCACUCCGUGAGCACCGGCUCAGAUUCCGAUUUGCCUCCAAAAUUCGAUUCCGACUGCGAGGAAGAUGGAAACAAAUGUCAUCUCUUUAGAUAUCCGAAUAAUCAUGAACCGUUCCACUCCCGGAGUUACGAAUCCGGCAUUAACACGCCGCCUCCUCCUCCUCCGAGUAACAACGCUUGGGAUUUUAUCAACUUCUUCGAGAGCUAUGAGUUACCGUACAAUACUACGAAUCUCAAGGAUUUGAAGGAUAAAGAGACCGCUCGUUGUCUUGACGAAGACAAGUCGAAGAAGAAUAACAAGGCUCCCAUUCGCAAAAACGGUGAGAAGAUUAGAACAGAGGAAGACAAGUGUGUCCUAAAAACCUCAGAGAAGAAGAAGAAGAAGAAGAAGAAACUUAAACCGGAGAAAACCAGAAAACCAAAGGAUCGAAACGUUUCUUCGGAUUUCUCGGAAGUCACGAAGCUGUGGCAGGAGAUGUUCAAGAAAGCUUCAGAAGCAGGGAGUGAGGUUUCUAAGAUGUUCGACACUUCCAGAUUCAGAUAUUUUAACCAGAAAACAUCAGCCUUUCAAGCUUCUUCGAAUGUUGUCUACGCAAAGAAGAUGACUCCAGCGGAAGAUUUUGGAUCUAGCUUCAGUAAUCUUUCAUCUACUCUGAAGAAACUUUUCAUGUGGGAGAAGAAACUGUACCAAGAAGUAAAGGCUGAGGAGAAACUCCGCACGUCUCACAUGAAGAGAUGCAAAGAACUGAGGAGAUUGGAAGGGAAAAGUACAGAUGUAAACAAACUGGAAUCAAUUCGUUCUUCGAUUCAGUGUUUGUCUACAAGAAUAACAGUCUCUAUCCAAAUGAUAGACAACAUAUGUCUUAUGAUAAACAAGUUACGCGACGAAGAACUCUGGUCACAAGUGAAAGAAUUGAUCCACAGGUUGUCUGAGAUGUGGAGGUCUAUGCUAGAAUGUCACAGUAGGCAAUCCAGAGUAAUAGCAGAGGCUAAGAAGCUUGAUAAGAUGUCAUUGAAGGGUGAUCUAGACAUAUCUCAGCUUGAGCUUGCCAUGGAGUUGAAGCUGGAGUUGAGAAACUGGAGCCAAAGCUUAUCGAACUGGAUAGAUGCUCAGGCUCAGUAUGUUAAGGCGUUAAACAGCUGGCUGAUGCGGUGUCUGAAGCAAGAGCCUCAAGAACCAACACCAGAUCUCUCAGAAGAGCCACCGUUGUUUGGAGCUGUGAACAGCUGGUCACAGUCCCUAGGGAGAUCAGAUGGUGAAAAGGAAUUUACGGAAGCGGUUUACAAGCUCUUGAUGCAGGUAAGCCGUCAGGUGGAGAAACGAAGGAUUGAACUGGAGGAGGAGCGGAGGAAUGUUAAUGGAGGGGAUAAGGAUGUGGAGAGGAAACUUGUGAUGCUAGAGAAGAAAGAGCAGAAGAUGCAGAGGAAGAUGAAGACGGUGCCAUCUGUUGAAUUUGUGGGGAGUUCGAAUCUGAAGUCUACCAUGGAGGAGAUUUUCAAAUGUGUGGAGAAGUUAUCUACAAACUUAAAGCAGAGUUAUGAGGAACUUGACUUGAUGUGCACGUAAUGCUUCGUUUUUUUGGCUUCCGUUCUUCUACAUUCUUGUCUAUUUUUCUCUUUUGUUCUUGUAGAUUUUAAAGUUUGCUUAUUAAUUUAUUUUGGACAAUCAUAUGUGUAUGCUUUUAGUGAUUUUUGAAAAUUA